CGUUCGGCGCUCCCCACCUCUCCUCCCACCUCUCCUGUGGGCUCGUGACCUUCUUUCCUCGCGCCGACGGCUGGGCGAGCAGCGCCGCCCUUCUCCAGGUCUUCGUCGGGCCCGUCGCUAGGUCUUCGUCGGACCCUUCGCCGGCGAGGAGCGUCCGCCAGUAGGUGGUUUGCAGAGUGAGCUGACCAAGAUGUCUGGAAAUCCAGUUGGCGUUGACAACACUUCUCGGAGGAAAUUUGACAAGGAAGAGUACUUGGAGCGAGCUCGACAGAGGGAACAGCGGGAGAAGGAGGAAGCCCGGAAAGGCAAAGAAAGGGGCCCUCCUGUGCAAAGACAACCUUUGAAGCACAGAGACUAUGAAGUUGAUCUCGAGUCUCGUCUUGGCAAGACUCAGGUCGUGACCCCAAUUGCACCAUUGAAUCAGCAGGCUGGAUACUACUGUUCUGUAUGUGAAUGUGUUGUUAAAGAUUCGGCCAACUAUUUGGAUCAUAUAAAUGGCAAGAAGCAUCAGAGAGCAUUGGGCAUGUCUAUGCGUGUUGAAAGGGCAUCACUUGAACAGGUUCAGAAAAGGUUUGAGGCACUUAAGAAGAGGAAAGACCCAAGCACCUUUACUGAACAAGAUUUGGAUGAGAGAAUAAUGAAACAACAACAAGAGGAGGAGGAAAGGAAACGGCAACGCAAAGAAAAGAAAAAGGAGAAGAAAAGAGAACAGGCAGCCCAACAUGAGCCCAAGGACGUCGACCCUGACAUUGCUGCCAUGAUGGGUUUCGGAGGGUUUGGCUCCUCGAAGAAGUGAAUUGUGCUGAAUGAUACGGGUUGAGACCAUAUGCUCCUGUGCAACAAAGAAUUGUACUUUAGAAGAUUCGUGAUAAGAAUCGAAUGGGCUUUGAGCCUUUGAUGAAGGAUGCUAAGCCCAACACUGGAUAUUAAACUUGAAAAUGCAUUUGUACCUGAGUUUAUAGUCAAAUGCGGCAUCCAAGAUUGUUUGUUUUGUAACUUGUAUAUUUGUUACAUGGUGGAUGUUUUGCCAAAGAAACAGUUCGAAGUCCUUUA